AGCGGGCCCUAGGGAACUCAAGCAGCCCUCCAAAUAAGGUUGCCCCCAGACGAUUGCGACCGCAAAAGAUCUAAAACUUGCACAAGUAUCUAGAAUAAAAUGGAAGUGUGGAACCACACGGAAGCAUCUAAGACCCGAUUUCACUUUUUACCGUGCAUUUUCACUGUUUACGGUCCAUAAACUCCAUCUAUAAAAUCACACUAAAACCCCUUUCCUUUCGUUUAUAAACCACUCUCUCUCUCGUCUCUCUCUCUCGCAAGUAAACGCUGUUUCUGGGUGAAGAUCCAUACGCCAAGAUGAGCCGACAUCCUAAUGUGAAAUGGGCCCAGAGGUCUGAUACGGUCUACAUAACUAUUGACUUGCCGGAUGCCCAUGAUGUAAAGCUUAACCUGGAGCCUGAAGGAAAGUUUUUAUUCUCUGCUACUACUGGACCAGAUAAGACACCUUAUGAAGUUGACCUUGAUCUCUAUGACAAGAUUGAUGUAAAUGAGAGCAAGGCUAGUGUUGGCUUGAGAAAUAUCUGUUACCUAGUGAAAAAGGCUGAGGAUAAAUGGUGGAGCAGGUUGAUAAAACAACAGGGAAAAGCUCCUGUGUUUCUCAAAGUGGAUUGGGAUAAAUGGGUUGAUGAAGAUGAAGAGCCGGAAGUGAAACCUGAUGAAGGUGCUGGAAACAAUAUGGACUUUGGAGACUUUGAUUUCUCUAAACUGAACAUGGGUGGCGGCGGUGGCUUCAAUCCUGAGGCUCUUGGCAUGAACAUGGGUGGCGCCGGUGGCUUCAAUCCUAAUGCUCUUGGCAUGAACAUGGGUGGCGCCAGUGGCUUCAAUCCUGAUGCUCUUGGCAACAUGGGUGGCCCCGGUGGCUUCAAUCCCGAUGCUCUUGGCAACUUUGAUGAAGAGAUUGGUGAUAGUGACACCGAGGAUGAAAUUGUUGACCAACCACCAUCAGCUGCUGCACAAUCUGAUGCCAAACCUCCUGCGAGUGGUGAGCAUGACGCAAAGGCUUCUGCCUGAUGAUGCAAAAUGUUCGAAAAGUGGCAGGGUGUACUGCAAAGCUUGAGGGGUGAACGCCUUUCUUACAAUGUCUUCAAAGCCAAUGCUACUCUCUGUUUUGACAUGCACUUGAAUAUGUGUUUUAUUUUCUGACACACAAACUUUCUGAAUGCUUUGCUUCCUUCACCUUCACCGAGGGGUUCCCUUUUCAUUUUGUUUUUUAUUUUUCCUGAGGGGUAGUCUAGUGAGAGGAUUGCUGUUGGCAAGGCAAGCUCUACUAAAUUUCCACUUUUUGUGAAUCGGAUUCUGGCAUUUACUAGGUAUUAGAUAUCAGCUUGUUCAUUACUGGUGAUGAUGUAUGGUUUUUAUUCAUUAUAGUAUGCAUCUCACUGAGAUUCUAAACCCGAGAUAUCGUUGAUUUGUUGAAUAUUAUGUUGAGCUUGUUAA